CAAUAGAAGUUCAGCUGACUGCUUCUGGCUCGUAAGUUGUUAACCUGUUUCUACUUGCUUUCUUUGAGAAAUCCUGCUUCAAACGACAUAACACAAAGCAACGACAUCAAGAUAUUCAAGAUUUCAGACGGUUGAAGUUUAGUAUAGUGCAGCACCAGUGUAUGUAAUUAUCGCAGUAAUGGCCGCCAAGGAGAUCCUGACGUGCAAUAAAACAAAACUCAUCGAUGUUUUAUGUGGAGAUUACCAAUUUAUCCUCAACAAAGUUCAGGAGAAGAAGCUGAUAACUUUGAGGGAAUACAACAAUCUCAAGAGCAUCAACAAAGAGCAUGUGGAGGGCCACGUUGUAGAGAUGGUGGACAAGGUCAUGAAUAAAGGAGAAAAAACCUGCCAAAACUUUCUGGAGCUUCUGCAAACCGACGACAUUGCUGAAACCUAUCCUGACCUGGAGAACAUGAAGCUCCAUGAUGUUUUACUCAAGCCGGUCCAAGCUACUUCACCUCACAGUGCAGACAGGGUGCCUGAGACUGAAAGGUUGAAAAAGGAUGAGGUUUAUGAACUCAAAAGCGAGCCUGUUGGUCUCUGCCUGAUCAUAAACAAUGAGAAUUUCCACAGCCUCAAACAGAGAAGGGGGACAUACAAAGAUGCCGAGAGUCUAGCAGAGGUGUUCAGCUGGCUGGGCUUCAAGGUGCUGAUGUGUAAAGACCAAACCAGGGACAAGAUGGAACAGAUACUGAAGGUAGUUGCCUCUUCGCCUGCCAACACGAGAAGAAUGUACAACAAGGUGUUGCUGAAAGAUGUGGAGGAGGAUAGUGCAAUCUCCAUUCCUGAGGAAUCCGAUUUUCUAGCCAUUUCCACUGUUGAAGACUACGUAUCUUUUAGACACCCAAUAGAUGGAAGCUGGUUUAUCCAGUCGGUGUGUAAGCAGCUGAAGCUGCACUGCCCUAGUGGUGAAGACUUUACUUCCAUCCUGCAUCGAGUAAACCACAUGGUGGGCCAGCAGGAGGGCUCCGUCUGUGUUGGCCUGAAAAAACAGGUUCCUGAAGUGAAAUUCACUCUGAGGAAGAAACUCGUUCUGUCGCCACGUUGCACUUGAAGUCCGACAGCGCCUGCAGAAGAGUGUGGCUUUAAGAACAUUCUUUAUCUAAAUGCAUGUAUAGUGAUGUAUUUUUCACUAUACAUCUAAAAAAAUUAUAUGUGUGUAAUUUUCUUAGGAUACUGGAUUUUCCAAUCUAAUAUUAAGUCUCAACUUUUGUUUUCCUCUACCAAAUUUAAAAGAGUCAAAGUCAAAAGUGUGGCCGGUGAUGGUGGAUGUCUGUUUUUAUUUUUUUCUGCUGUCUCCUUUAUUAAAUACAUAUAAAUACACAUGCCAAAUAAACAACUGAUCUAAAUAUCAAA